CCUCGUCGCCUCAGUCUUCAUAAAACUCCCGCCCUACAUGCAACCCCCCUUCACUGUCUCUCUCAAUACAUACAUAAGAGACCGCGCGCAGGGGGGUCUUCUCACUAUGCGGAAGAUGCGAUCCGUCCGCCUUUGAAAUGGUCCCAGAGACGUGCAGCGAUUGGCUCUCCCUCCACUUCAAAAGAAGGACACGGUGUUUGAAAGCCUUUGGUUAUCAGAAGGAGCGCAGCCAAGAAAGUUUGUGCGAGUACAAAGCGCCAAGGCAUGCGAAAUAGGGAGACGACAGGCACUGACCUCCGGAUUUAAGAAGCGUACAAUUUAACCGGAUUACCGCUGUAUUCUUCACCUUCUUAUCGUAUCUCUCUGUGAAAACUGCGUGUUUCUGUGGCAGGCCUUUCGCGGACCCAAUGACUUGAUCUUUUUUCGGUCGUUUUCUGUCGCGGUAGAGCUUGCGUUCAGUGUUGCAGGUGAGAGUAGAAAGAACGCACUAAGGCACGCGCAUGGCUGCACUGACGUUGCCCAGGACGGAUCAUUUUCUGCACGCCUUCUUACAGGACCGGACGCCCAGCUCGUCUCCGGACAGCGGCUCGCACCCUCUCUCAUUUCUGGCCGCUUCGGCGUGCGGGCAGCCCCGGCAGGCGGGCGGCGUAGGGGGGUCGGAGGGGGCCCCGCUGCCGUAUGAGGGGGCGGUGGGCUCGGCCCCGGGCAUGUUCCCGCUGUGGGGCGGCGAGGUGACGGCGGCCGGCGGCUCCGGGCUGGGCGCCCACCAGAUGGCGCUGGCGGCGCCCAAGGUCCAGUUCCCGCCGGGUCACCCGCAGGCCGGCCCGGGCGGCCACUCGCACCACCACCACCACCAUCAUCACCACCACCACCACGAGCUGCCCCUCACGCCCCCCGCCGAGCCCCCGGCCUCCUACUCCUUCGAGCUCUCCCCCGUCAAGGUGCUCUCCUCCCAGGUGCAGGCGGGGGGGUCCUACUACCACCCCCAGCACGGCGGGAUGGGCCAGAACUUCCCCAGCUUCCUCCAGAACUCCUCCGCCCGCCACCACCACCCCAUGGAGGAGGGGCACCAGUGGUGGAGCCUCCCCCAGACCGGCGGGGGCGGGCCCGGCCACCCCUUCGCCCUGGGCCGGCAGCUGGUCCUGGGUCACCAGCCGCAGAUCGCCGCCCUCCUCCAGGGCUCGUCCAAGGGCCUGCUGAGCUCCACCCGCCGGUGCCGGAGGUGCCGCUGCCCCAACUGCCAGGCCUCCUCCUCCGCGGGCGGCGGCGGGGGGGCGGCCCAGCUCCCCGAGGAGCCCGGCAAGAAGCGGCUGCACAUCUGCCACGUGCCCGAGUGCGGCAAGGUGUACAAGAAGACGUCGCACCUGAAGGCGCACCUGCGCUGGCACGCGGGCGAGCGGCCCUUCGUCUGCAACUGGCUCUUCUGCGGCAAGAGCUUCACGCGCUCCGACGAGCUGCAGCGCCACCUGCGCACGCACACGGGCGAGAAGCGCUUCGGCUGCCAGCAGUGCGGCAAGAGGUUCAUGAGGAGCGACCACCUGGCCAAGCACGUCAAGACCCACCAGGGCAAGAAGGGCAGGGGGGGCCAGGGGCACGGGCCCACCGACGCCCUGCUGAGGAACAUCAAGAAGGAGUAGAGGGGCCUGUUUCAGGGUGCUAUAGAGGAGACACCCACCCCCCCCCCCCCAAGAUUACAUUCCUGUUUCGCUUUAACGAUACCCUACUUCUCAAAUUCCGCUCCAGUCUUUGCCUUCAUAGGGUACCUAGGUCUGUUCUCUGAGGAAUACGAACCCAGGGAAUUACACUGUUUAUCACCGAAAUGACCAGUCUUUACUGUAGGCAGGGCCAGUGUGGGUGCAGGCUGUUGUUCUCACCCAGAACUGCAACACCUAAUUCAUCAAGAUCUUAACUAGCUGAAUAAGGUGUUUAGUGCUGGGCUAGAAUAAAAGCUUGUGCCCAACAACAGCCCUUUGUGGAUAAGACUGGAUGCACGAAUCCUCAAUGUUUGUAUGUUUGCUUACAAUACGUCACCAUCCACAGUGGUUACAGAGUCAACAUUUUAUAUUCGCGCUACAAAUUUAGUUGUCCGUUGAAGUACUUCAGGUUAAGUUUAUUGCUCAAGCCUGCAGCUGCAAACCUACUCUGUAAGGUAUGCAGAAAGGCACGUCGGCAUCUACGUGUCAACACGUUGAGGUCUGUUGACUUUUGCAUGCUGGGCACAUCCAGCAACAUGGCAAAGCUUCACGGCCUUUCCAGCUCCUCGGAUAUACACGUGAAUAGAAGUGACUGGGGUUCCACCGAAAUUCCAUUUUUCGGAGAACGGCGCUCGGCACCCUGCGGAUGCUCUUCAGACUGGGUACUCCCUUUCCACGUCAGCGCGAGGUUUCUCGACUUGCGAACGAUGACAAUCAGCGCUCACCGGAGGACCGGCGGGGUCACAUCCAAACCGCCGGCGCGAAGGACAAUCUGGCGCAAGGAAAGCGUUCACAGCCCAAGACUGCGCUGAUUAGCCGGAGAACGUGGAGUGGGAGACAGCUAGCCGUACGGCGAACGCGGCUAGCAUGCGGCCGUUCCCUGCGUAGCGUGAAUGAUGGGGACGAGGGAGCAGGACUGCGUGGCUUCCUGCAGGAGUACACUUCCUGUGAAACGUCCCGCGGCUGUCCGAUUCAGCGACCUGACCUGUUAGACUACUUCACUAUGGUCUGUGGGCAACUAUAUAGAUCUUACAGGGGUUUGAUUUGGUCCGCAGAUCCCAGCCAACGUGUGUGUGUGGGUGUGUGUGUGUGUGUAUGCGCGCACACAUAUGUCUCCUUUUUAUUACUGUGAUUUUUUUUUAUUGCUGUAAAUAUCUAUUUCACUGAAGUAAUUACUAAGUCAGUAUAUUUAAUAGAGACUGUAGAAUGACCAAGAUAGCUGUAUUUCAGAAACCAAAUAUAUUGUUUUAUAUUUGAGUAUAGCUUCUCC